AUGAGACGACGAAUAUCUUCCACCAUGAAAUUCGACUUUCGUUCUCUAGUCAAGGGUGACGACAAUGCCACCAAACCUCUUGACUCCACAUCACCCUACUACCUCCAUCCCUCCGAUGGACCACAAAUCACAAUUUGUUCCAUUGUCUUACGUGGUGAGAACUAUAACGAAUGGGUUCGUUUGAUGCGCAAUAAUUUCUGUGUAAAGAACAAACUAGGCUUCCUCAAUGGAACCAUAACCAAGGCAAAGGAAGGAACUCAAGAAGCGUCCUUAUGGGUGACGGUUAAUUCAACACUUAUGGGAUGGGUUCAUAAUAAUCUUGAUCCAGUUCGCGGGAAGCCGGUAGUGAAUUACUACAUCGAACUACGAAAUAUAUGGGAUGAACUUGUGGGAUAUUCUACUGUUCCAACAUGCACUUGUGCCGUUGCUACUGCCUUUAUUCAAGAGAAAGAGAAUGAAAAGGUACAUGAUUUUCUUGCUGGUUUGGAUUCCACUCUUUAUAAACCUGUUGUCUCAAACAUUUUGAUGUUGGAUCCUUUGCUGAUCUUAAACACAGUCUUUGCUAAAAUUGUGACUGAGGAACAUCGCCAAACUAUUGCUCGUGCCCAUAAAACCAAUUAUGAUGUUUGGGCUACGCUUGUGAACAUGCUCAACACUUCAAAAGGGCAGUCUUCUUCAAUCGAGAAGUUGAGUGGUAAGUUUAGUUCUUUUGCUGAAUGGAUCAUCGAUACCGGAUGCUCAAAUCACAUGAUUGGUAAUGCUAAAUUAUUUAGCCAAUUAUUUGAUGUUUCUCCUACUUCUAUUGGGUUGCCUAAUGGUAAACAAAUCAUUUCCACUAAGGAAGGCACGAUAACUUUGAACAAAUAUAUGGACUAUGCUUUGAGGACUCUGAUUGGAGCGGGUGAUCAAUGUGACGAGGUUUAUUGGUUACGACCCUUGCGACAACUUCAAGCUUAUCAAGCAACUGUGGAAGAAAAAAGAGAAUUGUGGCAUCAACGGCUGGGACACCCUUCUCGGAAAGUAGACUUCCUUUUGCCUAAUAUUAUUAGAAAUAAUGGAAAUAAGGAUGUUAAUGUUAUCCAUGAAGCUUGUGAUAUUUGUUUAAGAGCCAAGCAAACCAGAAGAGUAUUUUCUUUAAGUAAUAGUAGAGCAAAAGAUGUUUUUGAUUUAAUCCAUUGUGAUAUAUGGGGUGUGUAUACUUUGUCUGCUAGUUGUGGUGCUCAUUAUUUUUCAACUAUUGUUGAUGAUUGUUCUCAAGUCGUAUGGGUUUAUUUGAUGACUACCAAAUCUGAGGUGCCUCAACUUAUUUAG